ACAACACGCUCUGCUCCUCCCCUAAAGUGCGAUGCGGACCUAAUUUGCAUACAGAUAUCUGCAACGUCAUUUCGCCUAGUCGAAACUCUAAUUCAAGAUAUCUGUAAUUACAUUUUGACUAUCCUGAAUGAACAUUACAGAUAUCUCAAGUUUCAGAUAUCUCUAUUCAAAUUUCAUUUCAAGAUAUCUGUAACUUGAUUAUAGAUAUCUACAAUUAAAUUAUGACUAUCCCUAACUCCAGUUUGAGAUAUCUACAACGUCAUUUCGCCUAGUCAAAACUUAAUUUAAGAUAUCUGAAAAGGAACAUGUAGAUAUCUUAAAUUGACUUGAAUUAAAGAUAUCUUUAACUUGAGUUUUGACUAGUAAGAAUGAAAUUGUAGAUAUCUGAAACUUGAAUUACAGAUAUCUACAAUUCAGUUACAGAUAUCCGUAAUUCAUGAAGUGGAUAUCUGCAACUGAAUUGUAGAUAUCUGUAAUUGUAAACCCCAUACAAAUGAAUGGCGAAAGUGAUGUCAUUUGUCCUAGGAAUAAUAUCUUUGAGGAUAUCUAAAAUUACGAUUACGGAUAGGAAGAAUGUAGUUGCGGAUAUCUGAAAUGUUCUUUUUGACUAGGCAAAACUCAAAUAAAGAUAUCUGCAACACACAUCCAGUCUAGCCUUUUAAUGUUAAAAUGGCCUGCCAUAGACUACUGCCCGAUCUCUGAGGAGGAAGAGGAGCGUGGGAAGCGUCAGGUCCUGGUUCUUGGUCUGGAUGGAGCCGGGAAAAGCAGCAUGCUGCAAAGUUUGACGUCUGGGGAUUCGGCGGCUCGGAGAGGCCGGUGCCGACCCACUCGCGGCUUUAACUUCAUCAGUCUGAACAUCUCUGCUGUGCAGCUGGACUUCCUGGAGGUUGGCGGUGGAGAGGAUCUGCGGCGUUACUGGUUGGACUACCUGAGAAAGACUCACGUUCUGGUGUUUGUGGUGGACUCAUCUGACAGACCUCGUCUCCCAUUGGCUAAAGCUGAACUGCACCGCCUCCUGAGGGCGGAGCCACAGCUGCCUGUUGUCGUCCUGGGGAACAAGCAGGAUAAGGCCCAUGCUGUGAGCGGGUCGGAGCUUCAUGAAGCCUUGGCUCUCCACACCGUGACUGCAGACAGGAAGCUCUUCCUCUUGACUUCCCAGCUGGACUCUGGCGCUGGGAGGAAGGCCUGUCAGGACCUGGACACCUUCCAGAACCUCCUGCUGCAGCUCCUCUGAACAUCUGGAGGAGCUUCAUCUGCUGCUGGCUCCAGCCUGAGACAGAGGAGGAACCGACGAAGAGGAGGGAGGGAGAUAACGUGAGGCAGAAGUGGGCUGGGUGGGGGUUCCACUCCUGUGUCUGUGGUGAGGAGCUGACGGCGAGUUAUAUUUGUGUUAAGAUGAAUGUUGCCAUUUCAUUUGAGCUUCAUCUCCAGAAACAAACAUUUUGUGUAGUUUGAUCCUCUCUGAAUCCAAAACGGGGAUUUUUACAAAUAUGUUCAUGACGAAGGUGAGAUGACAGAUUCUUCUGACCUGGAAUUGGAACUUUUGAUCAUAUACUUAAAAACUCCCAAAGCAUGACUCCUAGUAGAUCCAUGUCCUCAGACGGCUCGGCCUUCCUAAACACCUUGAAUGGUUCUGGUGUCAGGUCGUCAGUGUUGACGCUCCUGCAGCUCCGCUCAUGAGUCCAACGAUCCCAAAAAUCCCACUUUCCAAAAGUAAAGGAAACACAUCUUUGGUUCUUUUUCUUCAGGUUGACAGAUGAAUCAUUUAAAGUGAACUGAAGCAAAUAACUGAAUUAUAAAGAAAACAUCCAAAUGAACAAGAACUUAGGAAGGUCCAAAAACUGUUGGACUCCAUUCCAAAGUGAGCCUGACACGAUUCUGCUGGUGAGCAAACCUGUGCACCACAAACCCCUGGCUCCCCAAAUACGGAACCAACUGAAUGGAAGUAAGUGCAUCUUAUUUCUGUAGCACCUUUCACAGACAGAAGUCACAAGGUGCUUCACAGGAUAAAAUACAUACAUAUGAAAAACAUAAAAAAACAUAAAACCACCCAUUAAAAACAGUUUCUGUUGAAAAGCUUAGAAAAAAAAAAGUUUUCAGUUGACUUUUAAAGGGGGCUCAUUCCAGAUUUGGAGCAACAGCCUGGGAGGUUCUGUCUCCUCUGGUCCAGAACCGUGUGCAAUGAGCCAUCGUCAGGUUCUGAUCCACAGACCUCCAGAUGGUCUGUAGGGGGCGAUCAAACCCAAACAUAUGGAGGAGCCCGACCAUGGAGGGCCCCAAGAGUUAGCAUUAAGACUUUACAUUGAAAGCAGUAAACAACCGGGAGCCAGUGAAGAGCUUUGAGGAUCGGGGAGCCGGGAUCUGUUCUCUUAGUGCGGGUCAAGAUCCUCAGCAAAGUUCUGGAUCAGCUGUGUUCAUCUCUGGCUUUAAGGCUCCGACACACCUUCUAUUGAAGGCAAACGUGACGAUGAGUCCAUGCGUCAGUGGAGCUUGGUUCGCUUAGCUGGCAGUAAGUCAAACUGGUUCCGGUGCAUGUUGGACUCUGGCAGGGAUGCCCUUUAUAACCGGUUUCUGUUCAUAGUUUUUAUGGACAGAAUUUCUAGGCACAGCCAGGGGCCGGAGGGCUCUGAUUGGGCCGGAGGGCUCUGAUUUGGGGACCACAGGAUUUCAUCUCUGCUCUUUGCAGCUGGGAUGAGGGUCAGCACCGCUAAAUCUGAGCCCAUGGUCCUCGACCGGAGAAAGGUAGUUUGUCAUCUCUGGGUGAGGGUAGUGUCCCUCCCCCAGGUGGAGAAGUUUGAAUAUCGGAGUCUUAUUCAUGAGUGAGGAAAGACAGGAGCGUGAGAUGGCCAGGCGGAUCGGAGCAGCGUCUGUAGUUAUGUGGUUCUGUUCCGGUCCGUUGUGGUGAGGAGAGAGCUGAGCCAAAAGGCAAAGUUUUCAAUUUACCGGUCGAUCUUCCUCUGUAGCAGAUGGUCCAACAAGUAACAAAAGAGUGAUGCAGAAUUUUAUUGUUUUAGAACAAAAUGUAACGUUUUUUGGGUGAAUAUCACUCUAAAGAUUUAAUCUGCUCCUUUUUUCUGAUUUUCCCAUUUAAGUUCUAUUUUCACAGAAACAUCGUCCUGUUGUCCUCUACAGUGGACAUGUUGUGAAAUUAAAAUAAAAUCUAUUUUCUAUUUUUCCUCACAGCAGAGCCAAGUCUGAACCUUCUUUUAGCAGUUACUUUUAUCGGAAUUCAUUAAGUGUGUGGGGGUCAAGGGUCGCAUGUUUAACGGAGGGGUGAAGGGUGGGUUGUUGUUUUUUUUAUUGUAAUAUUGUGUUUUUGGUUUUUGUUUGAAAUGUUAAAGCGUUCCGAGUUGUGCAGUGUAUGUGAAGAGCUUUUUUUUAUAAAUAAAGUUUGAUUUGUUUUGAA